AUGUGGAAGUGGAUAGCUGUAAUAUUUUGUAUCAUUAUCUACACUCAAUGUGUUAAGUUUGGAGAAGAUAAUAGUUAUACCUGUCACUGUAUUAAUGAUGAACAAUGUCAUAGAGGAAGUGGUAUUUGUGGUGGAGGUUGUGCUAGAGGAUGGUCUGGACCUACUUGUCAAAAACAAAAUGUAGCUCUUGGUAAACCAUCAAGUCAGGUUGAAACAAACGGUAAUAGAACUUCUGAUUUAGCUGUAGAUGGUGAUAGAACUACUAAUAUACCUGCCAAAUGUUCUGAUACUAGUAGUGGUGAUUCUACACGGUGGUGGAGAGUAGAUCUACUAGAAGAAUAUCCCAUUAAACAUAUUACCAUCUAUUAUCAAAACAAACUCUUAUCAUCAUUGAAUGGAUUUUCACUACAUGUUGUUAAAGAGAAUGAAACACCAGAACUAUGUUAUAAAGAUGAUAGUACGGGUGGUUAUCCACCUGCAGUACAUAAUGUAGAGUGUAGUCAGGUUAUAACUGGUCGUUAUGUAAAUAUCAGUAAUUUCCAUACAAGAGAAGAUGGAAGAUUUUUUGUCGUAUUAUGUUCUAACGGAACAUUUGGUUCAAAUUGUACCAACUUCUGUCAUUGUUUAAAUAAGGAAAGAUGUUUAGAGAAUGGUAAAUGUCCUGGUGAAUGUGCUGAUGGAUGGGCUGGAACAACUUGUAAUCAAAAAUGUGAAGAUGAUGUUUAUGGAGUGGGAUGUAGUAAGAAAUGUUCAGAUAGAAAAUGUAAAGAUAAUAAUUUACAAUGUGACAGUAAAACAGGAGAAUGUAUUGAUGGAUGUCAACCAGGAUACCAGUCAAUAGAUUGUACACAAGAUAAAUGUAGUUAUAUAGAUGGAGCUUGUGACUGUUUUGAUGGAUAUCUAGGAGUGGAUUGUACAUGUAAACAAGCGAAUACAGGAAAUAUUGAUCAGACCUCGACUAUAAUCGGAACAUUAAUUUUGGGACUAAUUAUUGGAUUUGUGGCUGGAUCUCUCGUGGUUCUGUUUUUAAUGAAACGAAGCAACAUCAGUAACAACCAAGAUAAACCAUAUGGUCAACUUACCACUGCUUAUCAACAUGAAAACGCCUAUGAACUUCUUAGGAAAGCUGAAGGAAAUGUUUCAACUAAAUAG